AUGAGUGAAGAAAUCCCACCCCCAUCAACCCUUCCACUGAUGGACAAGAUGAAAGUCGAUGGAGUUGCUGUGAGAGCUCCGAAAAGCGCAAAUCCUUUCGCGCCCAGAGGCACAACAGGCUCACCAAUCGUCCCUCCACCAUCCACCGGUGUGCCCCUUCCCAUUCCUCCACAUCCAAGCACUCUUCCACCACCGAUGGCUUUCCCGAAACCGACAGCCACUCCCACAUCGGGAGUAAUACGACCGAAAGAUGUCAGUGAAAUCAUGGGAAGAAGUCAGAAAAGUCCAUCACCUGCGAAAUCGUCACCACAAAGUGCUCAUGUUUUGCCGGCAAAAGAAUCCUCGCCUUCCAAUCAACCAGUGAAAAAGAUGGCUCCAAUCGAGGUCUCUCCUCCGCAGCAAAUGCCCGCACCCCCAGCCGCCAUUUCACCAUCAAAAAUCAGCACUCUUUCCCCAAUCAGCACAACUCCAUCAAACGCGCCACCACAAAUCGAGGCCUCAUCCGUUGAGCAAAUGAAAGCAAAUGAUGCUAAAACGACUCCCGUACAAACCCAACAACCACAACAACCACAACAAGCGAUAAUGGUCAAGCAACAAGUCCAACAACAAGAUGGCGAGGGAAUGUUCGAUUGGUUCACGAAACAAGUACACGAGAAUCCCUUCUUUUCAAUGGUCGCUGAAAAGGCGAAGGUUGGCAUGGAGACUGUCUUAACCACUUUGGAUCCGGGAAUGAAAGAUUUUCUUGCCGGUGAUGGGAUCAUUGAGGCUUAUGUGGGCACUGAGGAUCCGAUGAUCUCAUCAGCUGUUCGUCAAGGCUUCGAACGUGUUUUUCACAGUGCUGUCAUUCGUGGAGUGCCCGUGCCGACUGCUGACGGUUCCCCGCAGAUGAGUGACUCGAUCGAUUCAUCGACCAAAUCGUGCCUCUCUCAAAUCCUUCGUCUUUCCGCUUCCCGUCUUGCCAGUCCAUCGUCGCCUUUCGUCGUUUUUCAACCGUCCAUUCUACACAUUGAACACAUCUCAUUUUAUUGCCUCCGAGUGAUGCUCCGUUGGAAGGGAAACGAUCUUUUUGCCCUUUCGCAACCCGUCGAAAUAUCCGAGCAUUUGUGGGGUCAAUUGCAGCGAUUCAAAACCGCCGACGGCUUCAGCGUCACGCUCGAGCAAUUGCAGAAGCAAAUGGGCUUUCCCUCACUCUUCCCAUUCCACGAGUCGGAACCCCUCAUCCUUGCGUCAGCUCUCCUCGCCGCGCAACUCAAAGAAAUCCUAACAAAACAAGCUGAAAGCGUCAAGGAAACGACGAGUGGGAAA